AUGCGCGGGACUCUGAUUUUCGCGGGCAGCUCCUGCCCGGAAAUCACAGACAAAAUAUGCCACAACCUUGGGAUGGCAAGAGCGGACGCGGAGCUCACCCAAUUCUCCAAUGGCGAAACAAGCGUCCGCAUCUUGACUAGUGUUCGGGAGAAAGACGUGUUUGUCGUGCAGUCGGGUAGUCCCAAGAUCAAUGACACUAUCAUGGAGCUUCUGAUCAUGAUCUCCGCCUGCAAGGGCGGCUCCGCCAACAAAAUCACAGCCGUCCUCCCAUAUUUUCCCUACAGCCGCCAGUCGAAAAAGAAGUCUCAUAGAGGAGCUAUUACGGCGAGAAUGUUGGCCAAUCUGCUCGGGGUGGCCGGUGUCAAGCACAUCGUGACGGUCGAUCUGCAUGCUUCGCAGAUGCAGGGCUUCUUCAAGUGCCCGGUCGACAACCUCCACGCGGAACCUUUGAUUGCCCGUUGGAUCCGCCGCAAUGUGUCUAAGUGGCAGGAGGCGGUGGUGGUAUCUAAGAACGCGGGCGGCACCAAACGGGUCACUUCUCUCGCCGACGCGCUGAAGCUCAACUUUGGCAUGGUGACAACAGACAAGAGGAGGGGUCCGGGCCCGAGCAUGGCGGGCAGCAUGAUCGCAUACCCGCUCGAUGGUGUUGAUCGACAGCCGACGCUCGACCACGGCAGCAACCAGGUGCGUAACAACUCAUCGGACCCCGAGAACGGCACGGCACCCAGUACGGACGGCGAACGCGGACAAGAUUCCCGCGCGACCGCGGACUCCCAGGGCUCACCCCGGAUGCGUGCUAAUGGCACGCAUUCGCGGAAUGGCUCCCACCGCAAGUCGCCCCCUCCAUCGAGACGCUCGCAGACCUCACUCUCCCAGUCGUCGGUCAUCGACGAGCUCGACGAGGAGGACACCGAGACGGAGGGUCUAGAGUACAAUGACCAGCGAGCGCACGAAGUGACGCACGGCCGGCUUGUCCAAGGUCACGUGGUUCCCGACGAUUUCCCCUCUCCGGCUACUUCAGCGGCCGAUACGAGUGUCCCGGACGUCGACCCCAUGACGUUGUCGCACGCCUCUUCUUUCUUCGCCCCACAACCCCACGCUCUCGGCGGAUCGGGGGAUGCAGCGAGCUCGGAUGAAGAGGAUGACAUCCUCAAGGACUCGAGGGUUGAGCGCACGAUCACGCUCGUCGGCGACGUGAGGGGCCGGACAGUGUUCAUUGUCGACGACAUGAUCGACAAGCCCGGUUCGUGGAUUGCAGCAGCCGAGACGGUGGUUAAGCGCGGCCGGGCUAGCAAGGUUUAUUGCAUCGCCACACACGGUGUCUUUGGCGGUGACUGCCUCGAACAGAUGCAAGCGUGCGACUGCAUCGAUACCAUCGUGGUGACCAACAGCUAUCCGAUCCCGGAGGACAGGGCGCGCAACGCGAGCAAGCUGGUGGUCCUCGACUUGUCGUUCCUCUUAGCCGAGGCGAUACGGCGGAACCACUAUGGCGAGUCCAUGUCGCCGCUUUUCCAACACCUUAUGGAUUGA